GGAUCACGAUGCCGUCGAUUCGGUAUCGUCUUGUGGCAUUGGUAGUGUUCAUUUCAUCAGUUUAUGGACAACAAGAAGCGGCAGUUGUCCAAACCCCACCAGUUCAACCAACACCUAAUCUUAUUCGUUUUGGAUCAGGCGAGCCAGUGCGCGCGAUUAGACCAAAUCAAUUUCAAAUUCAACUUCCCGAUAUCUAUGAUCCAUUGAGAGACGAACGUCCAAAAAGAAAUAAUCAUGCAGGGUACAUUCGUCAUCCUACAUUCCAAGUGCCACAACAACAAGUACAACAGUUCAGACCAGCAGGAAAUGUUUAUAUUGCCCAGCCAAAUCCAAGAGUCGUCAGUCAAUAUCCAUUCCGGUCAGCUCCGGUGGUUCGUCCGUACGUAAUCCCGCAGCAACAAUUCCAACGCCAAGGCCAAUCACAAUAUAUCCAACAACAGUACAGACCACAACAACAACAAUAUUCUCAAUAUCCAAGAUUCGACCUCCGCCCCCAACCUGUUCGACCAGUCCGUCCAGUGUACAUUGCGUCAACCCCUGCAUCUCGUCUGUCCUAUACUGAAAGACCACAAACAUCUUAUGGGGAUGAGAUUGAAGACACCAACUACCUGAGUGGGCGUCUCACACCUGGUCCAAUUGCUCCAGUGACACAAGGAUAUUCAGAGAGGCCCCCAGCCACUGUUGCCCCGUAUAUCGAACGCCCAGUGCCAGCUCGCCCAACUCCUUAUAUUGAGCGCCCGGUUCCAGCACGACCAGCGCCGUACAUCGAGCGUCCAGAACCUGCUCGCCCAGCACCAUACAUUGAGCGCCCAGUUCCCGCUCGCCCUGCUCCAUACAUCGAGCCAACUCCAGCUCGACCAGCUCCUUACAUUGAGCCUUCUACAGCAAAACCACAACCAAGACCGCAGCCACCAAGAACUCGUCCAUACGUUGCUCCCUCAACAACAACACAGAGAUACAUCGAACCAACUACCCAACGACCAACUACUCGUAGAGCAACAACUAAGAGAAUAACCACUACUACCACCGCUGCUCCAACCACACCACGCCUUACCACCGCACGGGCCACAACUCCACUAGCCACUACAUCACGUCCGACGACUCCAAGUCCAACGACUCCUCGAGCUACGACGCCCCUCGCAACCACACCACUUGCAACCACAAGGGCACCUUUACCACCUUCACCACCACCAAGAACUUCUAAAAGACCAGUUACUCAGGCUCCAACAACUCCAAGAGCAACAACUACAAGAAGACCAACAACAACUACACCGAGACCAACUCCAAGAAGAACUAGAAGGCCUAAGACAACAACUGCUGCUCCAACAACUACAACUGAGGAAGUCACUCAAGGAUAUGAGGAGGAAGCUGUUGAAUUGCCGAAAUAUGAUGAGACCUUUGUUGGGCAGUACUAUUAUGGUCGUCGUGGUGAGGGAGGCAAUAACACUUUUCCAUUGCCAUCUUGUUUCUACAAUCCAUCAGGAUAUGUUUGCUGUAAUCUAAUGCUCAAUGAGCUUAUGUCAACUUCUUUUGAAGAAGUGAAGGUUGCCACAAAUCUCUGCAACGUUCACAAAUUUGCAACCAAACUGCAAAAGCAUUCAGAGAAGAUCUUCAGCACACAAUUUGAGACUAUUGUUUCUUAUCAGGAUUUCUCUCAAAAAAUUCAUUUCAAGAAAGAUCUAGUGUGCAAGAUCGAGGUUGAAGGAAGAUUCAUUCUUGCAUAUGCGACGCCAGAAGAUGUAGAGCAGGAGAAGAUUAUUCCAACUGUGCCUUCACAAGAUGUUCAAAAAGACUCGGACGUUUUGAAGCAAGAAGUCAAGUCUAAAAUCCGACAAAUUGAAAGAGAACUUUAAAUUUGGAAAUCAGAUUUCUCUCAACAUUCUCUCAACAUUGUAUGUGUAAAUAAAGAUGAGCUUUUUUUUGAAAA